AGCUUUGGGCUCGAGGGAGAGAAGCAGGGGAGAGAAUGGGUGAGCCAAUGUGAUUCAUUCGGGCAGCGCAAAUAUGGUCGGUUUGUGCAGCCUGCCUUUUCUUCUGAUACAUGUGGUAUUCUUUCCCAUUGUCGCGAAUAGCAGUCUGGCAGUUGUGCGCGCGUUUGCCAGCCAAGCAGAGAUUGACAGCAUGUCGCGUGUCUUCGACCUUUGGGAUGAGGUGCUGCCCUGCCACGCAGCACCGGAUGUGCCAAUCGAUAUCAUCCUGGUGUACAGCCGAACGUUUGAGGAGAACCCGUCUGCCUUGGCGGCCUUUCAAAACGUUAGUGCAAAAGCAGGGAUCGGCUCGACCAGUUGGAGCCACUGUUUCAGAGCCAUCCACCCCUAUGCAGCAAAUCUUAGCGCAGAGGAGGACGUCUAUGACUCUCGAGGCUACUCUGCUCGCAAAGACUGGGCCAACGGCCCAAAUUCAGUUUUCUUGUACAUCAUGAGGUCAUUUCUCGAGGGUGACUUUGCAGCUGCCGACUAUGAUUCCUUUUACUUCAUGGAGUUUGAUGCUGUUCCAAUCCGCAGCGGAUGGGUGGCGCAAUUGAUCACAGAGGCCUACGAUCCCACCAUGGCGGUGCGGGGUAGCCGCUACCGAGGUGACUCUUGGGAUGCGUUUCUGCAGGACAUUCCGCCCAGCCUGCUUUUUCACAUCAAUGGAAAUGCCAUCUACAACAUUACGCACCCUUGGCUGCGAUACCUCUACGGCGAGCUAGAGCGAGAGGCAGUUGCAGGCACUUUAAGUGCGGCCUUUGACGUGCGGAUGGCAGAACUCAGCCUGGCGGAGUUCGGCUUCUCCGGGGACCAACCAUACAAAGGAGAUUCCUUGCUGAUUGGAAACUAUGCGCAAAUGCUUAUGAAUGAGAGCUUUGAGGCGCCCGAGUUUGUGCGACAUGGUUCUUUGAAUAACAUCUUCCACGAUAUCAAUGAGACUCAGAUCACUCUGGCCGUGCUGGCCAAUCGACCUGACAUGAGCACCUUCCUGUCGACUCUCAGCAGCUCUCAUCCAUUUCGGCAGAUAGUCAUCGGUGGAAACAAGCUUGCCUUGGACAGCUUCGAUAUUUCCACAGUGAGAGGUCUCACGCAAGUGCACGCCUACAACUUGACACAGCCACCGGCAGUGGCACUCUGCGAGAUGGCUGAGCAUGUCACAACCCCGUAUGUCACCUUUACAGAUGCCCACCACAUCAUUGCCGGACCGGUCUAUUUGUUGAUGGACGAUUCAGGUUCUCCAGUGCUGCCUUACAUCGCUGCAGACUCGAGUUUCUGCACAACCAUGGGCUCCUGCACCUCCGAAGUUGAGGAGGCUGAGGCCCUUUUCGGGGUCGCGCUGGCGUAUCAUCAUGACACCUUUGAGACAACUUUCCCCACUGACCAGUUUUUGCGGUUCUGCGAUGCCUGGAAGCUCGCAGUAGGUGACUAUGACAACUAUGAGGAUUGCAAUUUCGUCAACGGCCCAACAGCCGAUGGCUACAUUGCCUGGCUGAUUUCUGUGAGCGCAGAAGAGCGGUUCGAGUUUGCGCCGCAGAACAAAGAGCGAGUCGGCUGGCGACCCUGGGGUAGGUUGUGGGAGGCUCAUCCUGCGGAUGCCCGGACCUGUGCCGCAUACACGGAGGACCAAGUUUUGGAGAUUUCUCGCAACAUCUCCAGCUGCAACUUGAUUAUUGAGGACUCCGCGCUUUGCAACGCUACAGAAAACUGCAGCUGGCGGCCGAUGUUCGAGUCGGGGCGCUGCGUGUCUGCGGCGCCCGCAGAGUUCCUCUGGAUUCCGAGCUUCUAUUCGACGACAGGCACCUCAACCAGCUCCACGACAACCGCUAGCCGCACCUCAACCUCGCAAACAACGUCUUCAAGCCAGACAGUGAGCUCCUCGAGUUUGACCACGACUAGUUCAGGCACCGCGACAACAACAACGAUCUCAGCCACGAGCACUGUCACUACAGGUACAACAACCAGAUCAACUACUGUGAGUAGCAGCACCACAGCAAGUAGCAGUACGACAGCCAGCACUCUUACCGUCACGAGCUCGUCCACAACUUCGACGUUCGCAACUACGACCACGUUCACCCUGACAGCAUCGGUCCAAUGUACUGAUGGCCUUCCCAGUGGAUUUGACACCAGCGAUUGCCAGAACAAGUGGAGUGGAGAGUUUUGCACAGUAUCUUGCAUAUCUCCAGAGUUUGGGACGUCAAGCUAUGCUUGCAACCCGGAGACAGGCACAUUCACAGGUUCUCCCCCCGUUUGUGUGCGGCGUUCCUGCAGCUUUGCCGAUCCCGUGCCUGCGUUCUACCAGUCCAGCGACUGCACAAACAUUUCGUCCGCGGGGUUUUGCUUCGUGGCCUGCCCUGAUGGCUACAGCGGCAUUGACUCGCUCUACUUCUGCUCGCCGGAUUGGAAGCUGUAUGGCAUCCUGCCAGAGUGUUCAAGGGUCACUUGUGACUGGAGCCUGCUGCCGGCCAAUGCCGAUGUCAGCAACUGCGCCACCACCGGACCGGGGGAAGCUUGUGAGGUGUCCUGCAGUUACGGCUCCACAGGCGCAUCAACCCAAUAUAGCUGCGACGCAAACGGCGACAUUCGGGGCACAGCGCCAAUCUGCGAACCUGUGACAUGCAGCGGUUCGUGGACGGAUUCCCAUGUUCUUGUCAAUUGCCAGAAUGGCGGUGACUUCCUCACAGCCCAGAUAGUCCAUGGGGAGAGCUGUGUUGCCUACUGCAGCAGCGGCUACUUUGGCGUUUCCACGGCGCUCACAUGCGACAAUGGUGACUUCACUGGUGCAAUUCCGACUUGCCAGCCGGAAGCUUGCUCCUGGGCAGGUUUUGCCAUGAGAAGCAAUGUGAACUUCACCGACUGCUUUGACAAGAGCCUCGGCCAGUCCUGCACGCUUGGCUGUGAGGCUGGGUACACGCCGGUGGGUGAGCCUGCGGUGCAGUGCCGGCUGAACGGCACCUUCAGCGAGCCAACUCUCCUCUGCGUGCCCGCGAGUUGCGGCGACCUCUCAGCAGACCCAGACUUUCCGCCCAACAUUGUGGGGCACACCUGCACCGGAGCAGUCUUCGGAGAGUCUUGCAUCGCCAACUGCCAAGACGGCUACCGGCUGGUGGGCAGCGAGGUGCAGCUUGCCUGCCGUGCAGUGUCGGUCUCGGCCGGCUUCACGCUGUCGAACGGUGAGCCUGCUCAACCACCCACGUGCGCUGCCAACCCUUGCGACAGCAGCGGCUUCCCCACGGCGCGAGGAGUACUCCACAACUGCUCGGGCAUCACAACAGGACAACUCUGUUGGGUAGACGCACAACCAGGCUUCAGCGCCGUGAACGGCACCACGUGGCUGACGUGUGGCAGUGACGGGGUUGUCUCCGGAGAGGUACCAGUCAUCGAACCUGCUGUUUGUGCAACUGCCUCCUUUGGCGCCGGUGUGGGGAGCACUUGCCGCGACAAGAUUCUGGGUGCAGAGUGCUGGGCGUACUGUAUGGCCGGCUACCUCGGUGAUCCGCAGAGGUACAUCUGCGAAGUGGAUGCAUCAGGUAAUCCAGAUGUGGUGCCUUCUGGGAACACCAUCAACUGUCAAGUAAAUUCUACCACCGCGCCUAUCCGUCGCCUUGCCGCCGCUGGCACAACUUGCGACCUCAACAGCGUCGAGGCGGUGGGAUUGGACGAUGUCCAAUUUGUGCACAACUGCGAUCCCGCGGCUCAUGAAGAUGUUUGUGUCGCCCACUGUGACUUCGGCUAUGAGAUGACAUCCUCUGUGUCAGUGCUGAUUUGCGAUCUCGGCAACCUGGUGGGCGACGCACCUGGCUGUCAGCCGCUUCCCUGCAACUUCUCCUUGCCGGGUCCAAAGACGAGCCACAAUUGCAGCGGGGCCGUGACGGGCGAGUUCUGCCGCGUGGGCUGUGCGGACGGCUACACUGGGACCGACACCAUGCUGCGCUGCUCUCAGACGGGGAACUUUGUAGGCGCCCAGCCGACGUGUGAUCCUUUGGUGUGCAACGACUUGCAGCUGUCUGGUGAGUUCAGUAGCAACUGCCAAGGCAAGCAGUACACAGAGAGCUGCACUGUGGUCUGCGCAGAGGGCUACGAACUGCUGGGAGGCUCAGGCCGCCAAACCUGUGGCGUGAAUGGCUUCAACGGAACAUUGCCAAGCUGCCGGGCCUUGCCUUGCGCGAACACCGUGCCUUUCGACCCAACUUUCUACCGGGACGCCUGCGAGAACGUGGCUUCGGGCGAGAGCUGCAAUGUGAGCUGCAGACCCGGCUUCCAGGAAACCAUGACCCAGCUUGUUUGCGGAAGCUCGGGCAGUUUGCAGGGCACGUUGCCCAGGUGCCAAGCACUCUCUUGUCCAGGAGGUCAACUCGCAAAUGCUUCACUCGCGCACACCUGCACUGGCGUCAGUGUGGGUGAGAACUGCAGUGCCUUCUGCGCUAGGGGCUUUGAGGCUUCUUCUGGAUUGGGACUCGAACAACUUUCGUGCCGGAUGGAUGGCGAAGAUCCGAAGCUGCUGGGCCCGAUGCCUGCAUGCCGGCCGGUGGUUUGCUCCCUGGGACUGCCGCAGCCAUCAUCGCGUGCGCUGGACAAUUGCUCCAGCCUUUAUGCGGGCGAGACUUGCGUCCAAGAGUGCAACCAGGGCUACGAAGGCAACCUGGUGAGCUAUCACUGCGGCGCGGACAGCAUUGCGACCAGCAGCUCCACACCCGAAUGCAGGCUGGAGCGGUGCGAUUGGAGCGUCAUACCGUCCUUUCUGAUGCACACGUGCGAGAAUGUGACCUAUGGAAGUAGUUGCUUUGCAUAUUGUCCUCCUGGCUACAUUUCUGACAAUCCGGCCACUCGCUUGGACUGUGCAGGGCCAGCUGUGUUGCUGCCCGCGUUGAGCACUGCAGACAUCACCCUCCGUGGCUUUCUGCCAUUCUGCGAGCCAGCGACCUGCAGAUACAACAUCCCCUGGGAGACGCAGUAUGUGCACAACUGCACCUAUACGGUUACUGGACGACAUUGCUUGGUCUCUUGCGGAGACGGAUGGAACGGUGGUUACGAGGCCUUGGUUUGCCAGGCCAACGGGGAGCUUGCUGGACAGUAUCCUACCUGCACAAGAACAACUACCACCGUCACCUCAACAAGAACCCAGACCACAACUGCGCCGUACCUACAUGUGGAAGAGGCGACAGGACACCUGAUCUUCCUGAGUACAUCAACACUUCUUCAGGAUACCAUGAACGAGACGAUUGCCGAGCAAGCAUUCAGGCGAGCAUUGUCUACGUUUUUGGACAACGCCACUGCAUAUGAGAUCAACAUCACGUCCAUCCAGAUCCAGCUUGAUGUGGAGAUCCACUUUACGCUGUUGCUCUGGGCCAGCAACUCCACAGAGGCCCGGGAGUUGCUGCGGGAGCUGCUCUCAGCGACCGAGGAGAGCUGGGUACAGCCAAUGCAGGCAGCCUUGAACAAGGAGUCAUCGACACAGUACGACGACAUUUCCGUAACAGCAUAUCUCGUGAACCUUGAGUCAGAUCCAGUAGAUUCUUCCGAGCCGCCCAACUCUGGCCCGGAUCCGAUCUUACUGGCUGCGAUGCUGGGACUCCUAUUCGCGUUGCUGCUGAUAUGUGCAGCUGCCGCGUGGCAACUCAGGAAGCGGAGGAGGAUGCGCUACGCAGCUGAUGAUACUACACCGAAGAGCCGUUUGAGUGGGGAGUUGGGCAUCAUGCCGCUCGCCACAGAGGACAGUCACCGACCACCUUCUGGCACUUCCUCUCCAAGGCGCCAGGGCACCGCCAAAGAUUCCAGCGACGACCUGAGCAUGGGGAUCACGCCUUCGAGCCCCGAGCUUCAGAUGAAUGAAGAGGUGAGGAUUGUCCGCACCAACACAUCGACGCGCGCUGCAAAGUUGCGCUGUUGGAGCUGGAAUGCGAACGCCGAACCUUUUGCUUACGGUGUAGACCAAGAAGAUGUCGAUAUUGACUGGUAUAUGUCGACACAGGUGCUUGAGGUAGAUAUGGAAUCGGUGAACAUCGACGACUUCCUAGAAGCGACCAACUUCGAGGUGUGAGAGGUACUACUCCGUCCGUACUACUCCGUCCAAGUAGGCUUUUGUUGGAUAGCCAUGAUAGCCCCAAAGUGGAAAGACAAGACCAUGCGGCUGAGACCAAUUCAAGCGCCCACAGAGUGGCAGCGUGGCUUGACACGCUGCCUAGCCGUUCGUGCCAUGCCGAUUGCGUCUUUCAGGGCUCCGCAUCUUGUUUGCAAGAGCUUGGCCCAAGGCCACAAUCGCAAACAUCGGUGGUGUUUCGGGUUUUGCUUGCCAGCGUGAUUUGUUCUCUAAGGGAAGCACGUGACGGCGUAAUGAUUCUCCUGCGAG